AUGGCGAAAGAGUUGUCCAUGAACAGGCUUUUCAUAGAAGAGAGUGUCCAAAAGGUUCAUAAAGGAAGGUGUUGGGGCCCGCGGCAGGGGGCGGGGUUGCGCCUCCUCCGCGGCUCUGGUUCCAGUGGAGCUUCAAGGACGCAGAGAUGGGAAUAUCCCAGGCUGCUCUCGGCUUGCGGCACCCGACAAGAUGGCGGCGGCGGCGGCGGCGGCGGCGAUGACUUCUUUCUGGUGCUGCUGGACCCGCUCAUCUCUUUGCCGGAGGAUGUGAGGUGGUGGUACAGUGGGAGCUAUUCUGACAUGGCCACUGGAAGUUGUGAAAACAUGGCUGCAGUCAUCUUCUGUGGCGCUUUCUACCUCUGAAGUUCAACUGAUCCUCGCUGGAGCCAGUGUCAAUUGAGUAGUGUCUCCUGGACCUCUCCAUUGUCUAAAGUGAGAGCACAGCAUUCAUGAAUUUUUUGUUGCUGAUUUACCUUAAUGAUGGCCAUGGUUUUUUUUUUUCUUUUUUUGUAUUCUGCCAUAUUUUUUAAAGUUUUUUACAAAGUUGAUGACAGAAUCACUCUCAUAUAUUCAUUAGAAACAGUAAUUCCUAAUGGAGAGGAAGAGUAAGUUGGAUAAUAUAAAAUAUUAUGUCCAAAUCAUGUGUAUUUAAAAUAUUUUUCUACGUUUAUCCAAUGGAUUUAUUUUCUAAAGAUAUAGGUAUUUUGUUUUAGAUUAUGAAUUCACGUAUUUUGGAAAUCUGAUAGUGUUAGAUGCUAACUCUUUGUGUGUAUUUUUAAUUUUCCAAGUACUCACACAGGUAAGUACAUCCAAUUCAUGGCAGCCUGAUUUUUAUAUAAAUAUAACUAAGAUUGAAAGCAGAGUUCUACUGAUUUUAAAAUAUAAUUCAGUGUUUGGUAUUUCUUGGUGGUUUAAAAAAGAUGUGUUUUUACAUUUUACUGUACAUCAUUAUGUUGCAAAUUAGAUUUGAAAUUUCAAAGCUAUUGAAAUUGGGUUUUACAUGUUUAAACAUAGGUAUGUAACUGAAUUUCUGUAUUAUCAGCUCACUUGGGAUAUAAUCUAUUUGGGCUUAGUUCAGUAGUGUUUACUUUGUAGUAGCAAGUAAACUCAUACUGUGUAUUUACCUUCACUGCUAAAAGAUUUCAUCACUCUUUUCUUUUUUCAAACUUAGCUAAGUACAUGUGUAGGGAGAGUAAAAUUGUUAACAAUUUUGGGUUAAGAUUCCACAGUUACAGACAAAUACUUCAAUCUGAUUAAUAGUAGAGUCUUUUAAUAUCAUGAUUUUUGGCAUUACCACUGAUUACCUCUCCUUAAAAUUCCUCCUUGACUUUUGUGACAAUGCUAUAUAUUUUAUUCCAUUUUCAAGUAGUUUUGCCUUCUCUGGCUUUCCUCAGAGGAAGUGUAGGAAUCCCUCUGGGCCCUAUUUUAAUUCCUCAGUUUUUCAGGCCCUGUUAUAUAAGAGUCCGUUUGACGUUUCACCUGUCAUCAAUAUCCAGAUGACUUCCAAGCCUGCGUUCUCUCACUUUAACCUCUCUUCACUCUUAAUCCCCUUUUUUCCCCUAGUCUGGGGCUCUGUCCUAAUCAAUCUGUUUCAUGGCUUCUUCCUUUUUUCCCAACAUCUCUAUUGAGAGAUAAUUUACAUACCAUAAAAUUCACCCAUUUAAAGUGUAAAUUCGAUUGUUUUUAGUAUAUUCACAGCGUUGUGCAAACCAUCACCACACUUGGAAUUUAUAACAUAUUCAUCAUCACCACAAAAAGAAACCCUUUCCUGCUAGCAGUCACUCUUAUUUUCUUCUUUUUCUCUCCCCUUAGCCCUAGGUAACAACUACUAAUCUACUUUCUGUCAUUAAGGAUUUGCAUAUUCAGGGUAUUUUAUAUAAAUGGAAUUAUAUAGUAUGUGGUCUUUUGUGACUGAUUUCUUUCACUGAUUUCUUUAGCAUGUUUUCAAGGUUCAUCUAUGUUGUAACAAGCGUCUUUUUAUUAACAAAUAUUCCAUUGUGUAGGUAUGUACCACAUUUUUUUAUCCACCCAUUGGUUGAUGGACAUUUGCGUUGUCUCCCCUUUUGGGGUGUUAUGAAUAAUGCCAUUAUAGGAACAUACAUUUUCUUUUUCUUGGGGAUAUAGUGUAUUCGGAGUGGAAUUGCUGGGUCAUAUGGUGACUUUUUAACAUUUAACACUUUGGGGAACUGCCAAGCCAUUUUCCAAAGUGGAUACAUCAUUUUACAUUCCCACCACCAAUGUAUGAGAUUUCUAGUUCCUUGCCAAAAAGUAAAAUAAAAUAUAAAAUAAAAUAAAAAUCCUCACCAACCUUGUUUUACUCCAUUUGUCUUUUUGAUUGUAGCCAUCCUUGUGGGUAUGAAGUAUUUCAUGGCCUCUUAACCAGGAACUUUGGGAAUCCUCCCUCCCAAAUUCCCUCUUCUGUUAGUUUCUUAGGAGCUCAUCGACGAACUUCAGGAGGCUUAUAAGUUAGGUGAAAUUGUAUGCAAAAUUGUGAGUGUUUGCAAAUAUGUAUUUAUUUAUUUUUUUAAAUAAACUCAAAGGGGUUUAUAACACAAAGGGGUAGCAAACACUGAAAUUUGCAACACGUGCUGUACAACUUGUCAUUCUUAAUUCUGCUUCUGUCUAACCUAGUUUUUAUCAAAAGUGCUUCCAUAUCAUCUGUGUCAGCCAUCUGGCAGCAUGGUAAAAAAUGCAAAUUGCUGGGCACUGUCCUACACUUAUUGAAUCAGAGUACUCUGAGGGUGGGAUCUAAGAAAUUUACAUUUUGAACAAAUGCUCCGAUAAUACUGAUUAUAAUUAAGAUUUAUCAAGUGCUUACGGUGGGUCGGGUACUCUUUUAAGCUCUUGUUUCUAAAUUAACCCACUUAUUCCUCAUAGUAACCACCACCCUACCCCUCACCCCUCCAAAAAAGUACUGUUUUUCUCUAUUCACUGCUGAUGAAAAAUAAGGAUUAGAGAAAAGUCACAACUUCAUGUUCUUACAACUAAUCAUUACCAAAAUUGGGCUUUAUAUUGAGAAGUCUGCCCCUACAAUUCAAGCCCUUAAUUAACCAUUAAGCUUAGCUACCUUUCAAGCGAUCAUUCUUAAGCAUAUAGAUGUUUCAGAACCACUGGCCUCAUCUAUUAACUCUGAAUUAAAAUACCUACAUACUUCCUCUAUCUGUUUCUUACUCCAAAAUUUCUUUUAAUAAAUCACCUUCAGAAAGCCUUCCAUGAGUUAGGCAUGCUUCUGUUCCUUUCCCCGCAUGAUGUGUGUGUGUGUGUGUGUGUGUGUGGGUGUGGGUGUGGGUGUGUGGGUGUG